GAAAAAGAGCGGAAGUUACGUUAAAUGUUGACAUGGCGUCUCACAUGUAAAUCGACGGGCUUCAGAAAAUAAAAACAUCCUAUUGAGAGAUUUGAAGAUUGAAGGAAUCUAACUGGCUCUCAGACUCCCAGGACCAAAACAAUGAGCACUCAAUACAGCAUCCUGUUCAAGCAAGAACACGCUCACGAUGAUGCGAUCUGGACGGCAGCGUGGGGUAAAAGUGAGGCGGAUGGCUCAGAAACUAUUAUCACAGGCUCACUAGAUGAUAUGGUGAAAGUCUGGAAAUGGUCAGACGAGAAGCUGGAGCUGCAGUGGACUCUGGAGGGCCACCAGCUGGGUGUGGUGUCAGUGGACAUCAGUCACAACGGAGCCAUCGCUGCCUCCAGCUCACUCGACGCUCACAUCCGCCUCUGGGACCUGGAGUCUGGAAAACAGAUCAAGUCUAUGGACGCCGGACCAGUUGACGCCUGGUCGGUCGCCUUCUCCCCAGACUCUAAAUACAUCGCCACAGGAAGCCAUCUUGGCAAGGUCAACAUCUUCGGUGUGGAAAGUGGCAAGAAGGAGUAUUCCCUGGACACUCGAGGAAAAUUCAUCCUGAGUAUAGCUUACAGCCCAGACGGAAAAUAUUUGGCUAGCGGAGCCAUCGAUGGAAUCAUCAACAUCUUUGACAUCGCCACCGGAAAGCUGCUCCAUACGCUGGAAGGUCAUGCCAUGCCCAUCAGAUCCCUCACGUUCUCCCCCGACUCACAGCUGCUGGUCACAGCCUCCGAUGAUGGCUACAUCAAAAUAUAUGACGUGCAACAUGCCAGCCUGGCCGGGACACUGAGUGGACACGGAUCCUGGGUUCUUAACGUCGCCUUCUCCCCAGAUGACACCCACUUUGUCUCAAGCUCGUCCGACAAGAGUGUGAAGGUUUGGGACGCCAGCUCCAGAGCGUGUAUCAACACCUUCUUUGACCAUCAAGACCAGGUGUGGAGUGUAAAGUACAACAGCACCGGCUCAAAGAUCAUCUCCGCUGGAGAUGACCGCGCCAUCCACAUCUACGACUGCCCCAUGUGAUGGAGCAGAGGUUCCACAGAGCUGCUGUUUACUCAGAUCAUGGAGAUGAAGUUGGUAAUUGGGGGAGGGAGGGACGGGAGGGACGGGAGGGACA